CUCUCGGUGCCGGCCCAGCCGGGGCUGCUCUCCGAACCCACCCCCCACCCCCCUUCGCUCCGGAUUGUCUCCUGAUUGCCCCGGACCCUUCGCAGCUCCUACCCCCACCCGCGGGGCUGUUUUCGAGAGCCGGCUAAAAUGGCUGAGAACUUGCUGGACGGACCGCCCAACCCCAAACGAGCCAAACUCAACUCGCCUGGGUUCUCAACCAGUGACAAUACAGAUUUUGGGUCACUGUUUGACUUAGAAAAUGAUCUUCCUGAUGAGCUGAUCCCCAAUGGUGGAGAAUUAAGCCUUUUAAACACUGGGAACCUUGUUCCAGAUGCAGCUUCCAAACACAAACAACUCUCAGAGCUUCUGAGAGGAGGCAGUGGCUCUAGCCUAAACCCAGGAAUAGGAAAUGUGAACUCCAGUAGCCCUGUCCAACAAGGAAUUGGUAGUCAGGCCCAAGGGCAGCCGAACAGUGCUAAUAUUGCUAAUCUAGGUGCCAUGGGCAAGAGCCCUCUGAAUCAGGGAGACUCUUCAGCAUCAAGCCUGCCAAAGCAGGCUUCUAACACCUCUGGACCUACACCCUCUGCUUCACAAGCACUGAACUCUCAAGCACAAAAACAAGUGGGGUUGGUGACUAGCAGCCCUGCUACAUCGCAGACUGGACCUGGGAUCUGCAUGAAUGCUAAUUUUAAUCAGACACACCAAGGCCUUCUUAACAGUAAUUCUGGCCAUAGUUUAAUGAAUCAGCCCCAACAAGGCCAGGGGCAGGUAAUGAAUGGAUCUCUUGGUGCAGCUGGAAGAGGAAGAGGAGCUGGGAUGCAAUAUUCUGCCCCUGCCAUGCCAGGGAAUGCAGGCAGUGUGUUGGCAGAGACUCUGACCCAAGUUUCUCCACAAAUGGCUGGUCAUGCAGGAUUGAACACAGCACAGGCUGGAGCCAUGACCAAGAUGGGAAUGACUGGCAACACAAGUCCAUUUGGGCAGCCGUUUAGUCAAACUGGAGGGCAACAAAUGGGAGCUGCUGGAGUAAACCCUCAAUUACCAAGUAAACCAGGAAUGGUAAACAGUUUGCCACCCUUUCCUUCAGACAUCAAAAAUACUCCAGUUACCAAUGUGCCAAAUAUGUCUCAGAUGCAAACACAGGUACAGCCUGUAGGAAUUGUACAAACACAAGCAAUGGCAACUGGGCCUACUGCAGAUCCCGAGAAACGCAAACUGAUACAGCAGCAGCUGGUACUCCUGCUUCAUGCUCAUAAAUGUCAGAGGCGAGAACAAGCAAAUGGAGAAGUUCGGGCCUGUUCUCUCCCACACUGUCGAACCAUGAAAAAUGUUUUAAAUCACAUGACACAUUGUCAGGCUGGGAAAGCUUGUCAAGUUGCCCACUGUGCAUCUUCACGACAAAUCAUCUCCCAUUGGAAGAAUUGCACUCGGCAUGACUGUCCUGUAUGCCUCCCUUUGAAAAAUGCCAGUGACAAGCGAAAUCAACAACCCAUCCUUGGAUCUCCAGCAAGUGGAAUUCAGAAUACCAUCGGUUCUGUUGGUUCAGGCCAGCAGAAUACAACUACUUUAAAUAAUCCCAAUCCAAUUGAUCCCAGCUCCAUGCAACGGGCUUAUGCUGCUCUUGGACUACCCUAUGGCAACCAGCCACAAACACAGUUGCAGCCUCAAGUUUCUGGACAGCAACCAGCACAACCUCAAACUCACCAGCAGAUGAGGACUCUCAACGCAUUGGGAACUAAUCCAAUGACAAUUCCAGCUGGAGGAAUUGCAACUGAUCAACAACCAAAUCUGAUUUCAGAAACUGCUCUUCCAACCUCCCUUGGAGCAACAAACCCAUUAAUGAGUGAUGGUACCAAUUCUGGUAAUAUUGGAAGCCUCAGUACUAUGCCUACCGCUGCACCUCCUUCUAGCACUGGAGUUAGGAAGGGCUGGCAUGAACAUGUCACUCAGGAUCUGCGUAAUCAUUUAGUGCAUAAACUUGUCCAAGCCAUCUUUCCAACCCCUGACCCAGCAGCCCUGAAGGAUCGCCGCAUGGAGAAUUUAGUGGCCUAUGCUAGAAAAGUGGAAGGGGACAUGUAUGAAUCUGCUAAUAGCAGGGAUGAAUACUAUCAUUUAUUAGCAGAGAAAAUCUACAAGAUACAAAAGGAAUUAGAAGAAAAACGGCGGUCUCGUUUACAUAAACAAGGGAUCUUGGUUAAUCAGCCAGCUUUACAGACCCCAGGGGCUCAACCCCCAGGUAUUGCACAGGUCACUGCUGGCAUGGGCCAGGCACAGUCUGUGAGACCUCCAAAUGGACCCAUGGCCAUGCCAAGUGUACCUAUGAACCGUAUGCAAGUUUCUCCAGGAAUGAAUCAGUUCAAUCCACUGUCCAUAGGAAAUGUACAGAUGUCUCAAGCACCCAUGGGACCUCGGGCAGCUUCUCCGAUGAAUCAUCCUGUCCAAAUGAACAACAUGGGCUCUGUUCCAGCGAUGGCAAUGUCUCCCUCCCGAAUGCCUCAACCACAAAACAUGAUGGGAGCUCAUUCCAAUAACCUGAUGGGACAGGCCCCUUCCCAGACUCAAUUCUUGCCACAGAAUCAGUUUUCAACAUCUGGAGGGGCCAUGAAUGUCAACAGUGUAGGCAUGGGUCAGUCAACAGCCCAAGCAGCAGUAACACAGCAGGGUCAGGUUCCCAACACUGCUCUUCCCAACACCAUGAAUAUAUUGGGACCACAAGGCAGUCAGUUACCUUGUCCACCAGUAACCCAGUCACCUUUGCAUCAGACUCCACCUCCAGUUUCUACAGCAGCUGGAAUGCCACCUAUCCAACAUCAGACACCUCCUGGAAUGACUCCUCCCCAGCCUACAGCCCCUACACAACCAUCAACUCCAGUUUCUUCUUCAGGACAGACUCCUACCCCAACUCCUGGCUCAGUACCUAAUGUUAGCCAGACACAAAGUACCCCUUCAGUUCAGGCAGCAGCACAGGUCCAAGUAACUCCUCAGCCUCAGACACCUGUGCAGCCUCAGUCUGUUCCCACCCCACAACCAUCUCAACAGCAACCAACAUCUGUGCAUGCCCAACCCCCUGGCACUCCGCUUUCCCAGGCAGCUGCUAGCAUUGAAAAUAGAGUUCCUACUCCAGCCUCAGUGGCUAGUGCUGAAACCAAUUCCCAGCAGCCUGGACCUGAUGCACCAAUGCUGGAAAUUAAAACCGAAAGCAAAACUGAAGAAACUGAGCCCGAUCCUGGUGAAACAAAAGGGGAAUCUAGAACUGAGAUGGAAGAGGAUUUGCAAGGGACUUCCCAGGUUAAAGAAGAAACAGAUGUAAUAGAAACUAAACAGGAACCAAUGGAGGUAGAAGAAAAGAAACCAGAAGUAAAAGCAGAUCCUAAAGAGGAAGAGGAGAAUAAUAAUAAUGGCACAACUGCUCAGUCCACAUCACCUUCUCAGCCUCGUAAAAAAAUCUUCAAACCAGAAGAGUUACGACAGGCUCUCAUGCCUACACUGGAAGCAUUGUAUCGACAAGAUCCAGAGUCCUUACCCUUUAGGCAACCUGUGGAUCCCCAGCUCCUAGGAAUUCCAGAUUAUUUUGACAUUGUGAAGAACCCUAUGGACCUUUCUACCAUCAAAAGGAAAUUGGAUACAGGGCAGUACCAAGAGCCUUGGCAGUAUGUGGAUGAUGUUUGGUUAAUGUUUAACAAUGCCUGGCUCUACAAUCGUAAGACUUCCAGAGUCUAUAAGUUUUGCACUAAACUUGCAGAGGUCUUCGAGCAAGAAAUUGAUCCUGUUAUGCAAUCCCUUGGAUACUGCUGUGGACGCAAGUAUGAGUUUUCUCCACAGACCUUGUGCUGCUAUGGUAAGCAGCUAUGUACAAUUCCUCGUGAUGCUGCCUACUACAGUUAUCAGAAUAGUUCACCCAAGUAUGGCCUUCUUGCUGACAGGUAUCAUUUCUGUGAGAAGUGUUUCACAGAGAUCCAGGGGGAGAAUGUUACCCUGGGUGACGACCCUUCUCAACCCCAGACGACUAUUUCAAAGGAUCAGUUUGAAAAGAAGAAAAAUGAUACACUAGAUCCUGAGCCAUUUGUUGAUUGUAAGGAAUGUGGCCGGAAGAUGCAUCAGAUUUGUGUUCUGCACUAUGAUAUUAUUUGGCCUUCAGGUUUUGUCUGUGACAAUUGCUUAAAGAAAACUGGUAGAACUCGCAAAGAAAACAAAUUCAGUGCUAAGAGACUACAAACUACGCGAUUAGGAAACCAUCUAGAAGACAGAGUUAACAAAUUUUUGCGGCGUCAGAAUCAUCCUGAAGCUGGCGAAGUUUUUGUCAGAGUGGUGGCCAGUUCAGAUAAAACAGUAGAAGUCAAGCCUGGAAUGAAAUCAAGGUUUGUGGAUUCUGGUGAAAUGUCUGAAUCUUUCCCUUAUCGAACCAAAGCGCUCUUUGCUUUUGAAGAAAUUGAUGGAGUGGAUGUAUGCUUCUUUGGAAUGCACGUACAGGAGUAUGGCUCUGAUUGUCCCCCACCCAAUACAAGGCGUGUGUACAUAUCCUAUCUGGAUAGUAUUCAUUUCUUCCGUCCCCGUUGCCUCCGGACAGCUGUUUAUCAUGAAAUCCUAAUUGGAUAUCUGGAAUAUGUGAAGAAAUUGGGAUAUGUGACAGGACAUAUCUGGGCCUGUCCCCCAAGUGAAGGAGAUGAUUACAUCUUUCAUUGUCACCCUCCUGAUCAAAAAAUCCCUAAACCUAAACGACUGCAGGAGUGGUACAAAAAGAUGCUGGACAAGGCCUUUGCUGAGCGUAUCAUUCAUGAUUACAAGGACAUUUUCAAACAAGCAACAGAGGAUAGGCUUACCAGUGCCAAAGAGCUGCCAUAUUUUGAAGGUGAUUUUUGGCCUAAUGUUUUGGAAGAGAGCAUUAAGGAACUUGAACAGGAAGAAGAAGAAAGAAAAAAAGAAGAGAGUACUGCAGCUAGUGAAACCACUGAGGGCAGCCAGGGUGACAGCAAGAAUGCCAAGAAAAAGAACAACAAGAAAACCAACAAGAAUAAAAGCAGCAUCAGCAGAGCCAACAAAAAGAAGCCCAGCAUGCCGAAUGUGUCCAAUGAUUUGUCUCAGAAGCUCUAUGCCACCAUGGAGAAGCACAAAGAGGUCUUCUUUGUGAUUCAUCUCCAUGCUGGGCCUGUAAUAAACACUCUGCCUCCCAUUGUGGACCCUGAUCCAUUACUCAGCUGUGAUCUAAUGGAUGGGCGUGAUGCCUUCCUCACCCUAGCCAGAGACAAACAUUGGGAAUUCUCCUCAUUACGUCGAUCCAAAUGGUCAACAUUGUGCAUGUUGGUAGAGCUACACACUCAAGGGCAAGAUCGUUUUGUCUACACUUGCAAUGAGUGUAAACACCAUGUGGAAACCAGGUGGCACUGUACAGUCUGUGAGGAUUAUGACCUUUGCAUUAACUGCUACAACACUAAGAGUCAUGACCAUAAAAUGGUUAAAUGGGGUUUGGGCUUGGAUGAUGAGAGCAAUAGCCAAGGAGAACAGCAGUCUAAAAGCCCCCAGGAAUCACGGCGUCUGAGUAUCCAGCGUUGUAUCCAGUCCUUGGUCCAUGCCUGCCAGUGUCGAAACGCAAACUGCUCUUUGCCCUCUUGUCAGAAGAUGAAACGGGUUGUUCAGCAUACCAAGGGCUGCAAGCGCAAGACCAAUGGAGGCUGCCCAGUGUGCAAACAGCUCAUUGCCCUUUGUUGCUACCAUGCCAAACACUGCCAAGAGAACAAAUGCCCUGUGCCAUUCUGUCUCAAUAUCAAACACAAGCUCCGACAGCAGCAGAUUCAGCAUCGUCUGCAGCAGGCUCAACUCAUGCGUCGACGAAUGGCUACCAUGAACACCCGCAAUGUGCCUCAGCAAAGUUUGCCUUCUCCUACCUCAGCAACACCUGGUACCCCUACACAGCAGCCAAGCACCCCCCAGACACCUCAGCCUCCCCCUCAGCCUCAGCCUUCACCUGUAAGCAUGUCACCAGCUGGCUUCCCCAAUGUGGCCAGAACACAACCCCCAACUACAGUCUCCACUGGAAAACCUACCAACCAGGUGGCAGCACCACCUCCUCCUGCCCAACCACCUCCAGCUGCUGUGGAAGCAGCUCGUCAGAUUGAGCGAGAAGCUCAGCAACAGCAACAUCUGUAUAGAGUCAAUAGCAUCAAUAAUGGCCUGCCUCCAGGGCGCACAGGCAUGGUGAGUCAAGCUGUGGGGCCAGUAAACCAGAUGCCUCAAGUUGGCAUGAAUGUUCCCCGACCAAACCCAGUGACUGGGCCGGUAAUGUCUAAUAUGCAGCCAGGCCAAUGGCAACCAGCUCCAAUCCCCCAGCAGCAGCCGAUGGCAGGAAUGCAGAGACCUGUCAUGCCCAUGCCAGCACAGCAGACAGUUGCUGGGCCAAGGAUGCCAGGAGUGCAGCCCCCACGGAGUAUCCCACCUAAUGCCUUGCAGGAUUUGUUACGGACAUUGAAAUCCCCCAGUUCACCACAGCAACAGCAACAGGUGUUGAAUAUUCUCAAAGCAAAUCCUCAACUCAUGGCAGCUUUCAUAAAGCAGCGAACAGCUAAAUAUGUGGCUAACCAGCCUGGAAUGCAGCCCCAAACCAGUAUCCAGCAGCAAACUGGAAUGCAACAGCCCAUCAUGCAUACCCAGCCUGCUUUACAAAACAUGAGUGCAAUGCAAGCAGGAGUUCAGAGGCCUAAUGUCCCACCUCAGCAGCAAGGAAUGGGAGGCAUGAAUCCCCAGGGACAGGCAAUAAACAUCAUGAACACAGGGCACAAUCCUGGCAUGGCAAGUAUGAAUCCACAGUACAGAGAAAUGAUUAGGAGGCAGUUGCUACAACAACAGCAGCAGCAGCAGCAGCAGCAGCAGCAACAACAACAAGGAGGUGCUGGGAUGGCUGGUGCAAUGGCAGGGCAUAGCCAGUUCCAACAGCCUCAAGGACCUGGGGGUUAUCCCCAAGCCAUGCAGCAACAAAGGAUGCAACAACAUUUAUCCAUACAGGGCGGCUCCAUGGGCCAGAUGGCUCAAAUGGGACAACUGAGCCAAAUGGGCCAGCCUGGCCUGGGGGCAGAUGGCACCUCCAACAUUCAGCAAGCACUGCAGCAGCGAAUUCUCCAACAACAGCAGUUGAAGCAGCAGAUAGGGUCCCCAGGCCAGCCUAAUCCUAUGAGCCCACAGCAGCAUAUGCUCUCAGGACAACCACAGGCAUCUCAUCUCCCUGGCCAACAGAUAGCCACCUCCCUUAGUAACCAGGUGCGGUCUCCAGCCCCUGUCCAGUCUCCACGUCCCCAGUCCCAGCCACCACAUUCCAGCCCAUCACCAAGGAUACAGCCCCAGCCUUCACCACAUCACGUCUCUCCCCAGACUGGUUCCCCCCACCCAGGACUUGCAGUUACCAUGGCUAGCUCCAUGGAUCAGGGACAUUUGGGUAACCCCGAACAGAGUGCAAUGCUUCCGCAACUAAACACCCCAAACAGGAGUGCUUUGUCCAAUGAAUUAUCCCUGGUUGGUGAUACCACAGGAGACACACUAGAAAAAUUUGUGGAGGGUUUGUAGCAUUAUGGGAGCAUCACCUUUUUUUUUUUCCUUUUCAUGUUCUUGGACAUUUUGUACUGAAAAUCCAGUCAUCUAGGUUGUUUUUGAUCCUAGAUGGAACUGCUACUUCCAAGCCAUGGAAGGACGAAUUGCUGUUUAAAAGACACAAUACAAAGAAUAUAUUUUUUGUUAAAACCAGUUGAUUAAAUAUCUGGUCUCUCUCUCUUUUUUUUUUUGUUUGUUUUGUUAUUUUUUGUUUUGUUUUGUUUUUGUUUUUUUUUUGUUUUGUUUUUUGGGGAUGGGAUAUGUGGGAGGGGUGGUUUUGUUUGGAUUCUUUUUUUGUCAUUGAUGGUGACUCAUGUCUUUUUUUUAAGUGGGGAAAACAAGUUCAUUAUAUUCAUAUUUUUUAUUUGUAUUUUCAAGACUUUAAACAUUUGUGUUUAAAAGUGAGAAGAAAAAAAUAAUAUUCAGAAACUGAUUCCUGAAAUAAUGCAAGCUUAUAAUGUGUCCCGGUAACUUUCUGACAUGUUCCGGGAAGAUUUUUUUUUUCUAUAGUGAACUCUGCGGACGUUCCAAGUAUUACCCCUGGAAGAUAGGAAUUGACUCUUGCGUGCACACACAUACAUGUACACAAACACCACAUACACACACACACACACACACAUACACACACACACACACACACACACCUAUACAUACUGGCUUAUGCCAAAAUCCUUGUCUUGCAGAUGUAGAAAUUGUUGCUUUGUUUCUCUGAUAAAACUGGUUUUAGACGAUAAAAUAGGGAUGAUCACUCUUAGACCGUGCUGAUUUUAAUAGAGAAGAAGCAUUCUUUUCUUUCUUCUAUGUGAAACUUGAAAUGAGGAAAAGCAAUUCUAGUGUAAAUCAUGCAAGCUCUAUAAUUACUAUAAAUAAGCAAAUCCAAGAAGAUUCAAUCACUGUAUAGAAUGGUAAAAUACCAACUCAUUUCUUACUUAUUAUAUCAUAUUGUUAAAUAAACUGUGUGCAACAGACAAAAAGGGUGGUCCUUCUUGAAUUCAUGUACAUGGUAUUAACACUUAGUGUUUGGGGGUUUUUGUUAUGAAAAUGCUGUUUUCAACAUUGUAUUUGGACUAUGCAUGUCUUUUUUUCCCAUUGUAUAUAAAGUACUGCUUAAAAUUGAUAUAAAUUACUGAAGUUUUUAACAUGUAUUCUGUUCUUUAAGAUCCAUGUAAGAAUGUUUAAGGUUUUUAUUUAUUUAUAUAUUUUUUUUGGAUUCUGUUCUUUGUAAGACAUGAUUCUGGUUAUUCACUCAUAGAAGCAGCCUGGGGCAUUGGUAGUGGUGGCGUGAUAUGUGACAUAUUUAGGUAACAUGUCCAGUGAAGAACAGCCUUUUUUAGAGUAUUUCCUUGGGAAUGAGUGAAGCAAGGUCAGUCUAUAUCCCAUACAGUUAAUGCUUACAGGUAUUCAUAAAGUCAUAUAAUAGAUGAAUGACCAUUUCUUUAAAAGGGCCUUGGAUGAAUCUUUUUCUUUUUCUUUUCUUUUUUCUUUCUUUUUUUUUUUUGACCCAUCCUACCUCCUUUCUUAGCCCUUAUGAAAUACUGGAUGAAGAGCCUGAAUCCAGUUGCUUAGUGUAUGGGUGGUAGUCCUUGUUCCUAUUAUAGAAGGUCCAAGCCUGGUUUCAUAAGCAACCAGAAAACUGGAGGAAGGUUUACUUUAGGUGUUGUCCUUGGUUCCCAACUGUUCUACCCGACCAUUUGACUUAAAAAUAGUACUACCUGUAUUAAAGGUGGUAAUUGCAGACUCUACCUCCAGAGCUUACCCUGAUCCAUUAUUAUAGUUGGUUCUUGCUGAUCUGGCCCAGGCUAAAUCCCAUAUUCUUAUGGAAAUGUUCUGUAUCUGUUAGGAACUGAGCCAAAGGAGUAAGUUUCUCUAGUCAGAGAAUUUGCUAAUGGAAGUUCACCUUUCUUCCUACCAAUAAUUCUAUAACUGGCCCCAGGCCAAUAAUGUGAUUAAACAUGGCCAUCCCAGUACUAUGGGAACACCCCUGUACCCAUCCAAGUGGCCCUGUUGAUCCCCAUUAGGUCCAAUUUUCAGAUGCUCAUAAUGAGUGGGUUGAUCAUUUUAAUUCCAUGAUUACUGUAAAAAUUGCAUAUACUUCAGAGAAGGAUCACCAAUGGAGAGAUUUCAAGUUAGACUAAUCUUGUUUAGUCUGCUGCACCAUAGGUUGCUAAUGACUUGAAUUCUGUUUCUCCUAAUAUCCCCAGUCCCUAAAUGAAAUGGGAAUUCUAGAUCAAGUGGGUUUUCUGUGGAAUAAAAAUCAUGGCCCAAAUAUACUCCUUUUGGCCCUCUUGUUUCUGGAGAUAUUUUCAAAAUGCUUUGUUUCAGAAUCUAAAUCUGAGGAAACUUUCCCAGUAGCUAAAACCUUGCAAUCCACUUUUGCACAGUGUUCCAUGAUUUGAGUUUUAAUAAUGUAGAUUAGUUGAACUAGACUUGCAUCAGAUGAGAAUGCAGGACAUCUCCCCCAAAUACCCUAAAUCCCCACUGAUAUAAACAAUGCUUAUUAGCAGUGCUUAGCUUGCUUAAUUUUUACAUAUAUUAGCCCCUGCCAGUAUUACCUUUUUACUAGUGGGACAGUAUCAGACAGUAUGUUAAAACAACAAAGAUAAUUGUAGCUGGUGAAUUGUGAAACUGGAGAGCUAUUUGGCCCCAUACUGUGAAUAUGGCAUACUCCCACCUUGUUUAGCCUUUUUAACCUGUUAAAUGAAGAGCAUUUCUGUUAAAAGUUUUUCUGCAAUUCGAAACUCUUUGUACCAACUUCAACAUCUUGGAUUCCUCAUCCCAUGCAACUGUCUUAAGCAAUCAAGAUGUCAAAAGAUGGGGCUGAGGGUAUGGUCAGUGGACACUAACCCUGAGCUUGUCAGAAGGAAAUUGCUGUUAGAAAGAUGGAAAGCCCCAAUGCUGUGUCUCAUGCUGUAUACUUAAAAGGGGGGAGGGGGGGAGAAAGUCCUAUAUUUGUGAUCAAAAAGAGGAAACUUGAAAUGUGCUGGUGUUUAUAAUAAAAGCUGGUAAAACUGCUUGGAUUCAA